CUGAGAUCUGAUAACCUACUGGGAUUGUGGCUGCACAGGCAGUGUGUGGCUGCACAGAUCUUGGAUUCCAUUGUGCAAGCCUGCAGCGAGGGAGCGUUGGAUCUGAUUUAUUAUCCGGCAGGACAUUUUUAGUAAACAGCGGAGCAGGGAAAACUUUAUUGUUCCGACAUAUUUACCUACAUAAAGAGGAUUUCCUGCAGAGAGUGGCCUGUCCCCUGAAGUCUCUUACUUUCAUGGACUCCGAAUGUCAAGGCAACCACUCCCCCAGAGUGGUUAUAAUUGGUGCUGGAUUUGCAGGACUUGGUGCUGCCAGCACCUUGGUGAAGCACGGCAUAAACAACCUGGUUGUACUGGAAGCUUUAGACCAAGCAGGCGGGAGAGUUUUGACACAUAAACCUUUUGGGGCGGCAGCACUGGAACUAGGGGCCACGUGGAUCCAUGGUCAGAAGGACAACCCACUUUAUCAAAUGGCCAAAGAGAACCAGUUGCUGGCUGAUGAUGGCUUCAAUAUGGUGACGUGCCAGCCAACAUCUGUGACGCCUCAGGAUUACUUUUUCACGGAGGAAGGAAAGCUGCUGCCGUCAGCACAGGUUGAGGGAGUCACAUGCUUUUUUGGUGACCUGAUGUCCAAGAUUAUCUUGCAGGACUUUAAACUGGAAUGCGAGUCGUGGUCAGUUGGGGAGUAUCUAGAUCAUGAAUAUGCCUUAUCCAGUGUUUCCAAAGACGACGGAGUCUAUGAAUGGUGCAAGAGAGCAGAAUGUAUUGAUGAGGCUUGUAAUUCCAUGUAUGAAUUUUCUUUGAGCCAGCUUGGCUUGUAUACUGCACUAGAAGGGCCUUUCUUCAACUCCUUGGGCAGCAAAGGCUACCAAGCCUUGCUUGAUAUUUUGAUAGGCCAAUUGCCGCCUAAUAGUCUACGGUGUCAUAAGCCAGUUCGAUGCAUACAAUGGGAAGGCUCUCCAUCCCCAGCCACCAGAACAUCUAAGUAUCCUGUUAAAGUCUUUUGUGAAGAUGGUGAGGAGUUUCCAGCAGAUCACGUCAUUGUCACAGUGUCCCUUGGCUGCUUGAAGGAAAGAGCAUCCACCUUUUUUGAUCCACCGUUGCCAAGAGGCAAAAUGGAAGCCAUUGAGCGUUUGGGAUUUGGCACAGUAGCCAAGAUUUUCCUGGAGUUCUCUAAACCUUUUUGGCCAGAAGACUGUGCAGGUAUACAGUUUGUUUGGAGGCGGGGUCCUGAAAGCUCAGAGGGAUAUUCCGAUUCACUCAAAGAAUAUUCCUGGCGUUCACAGUGGUACAAAAAGAUUGUGGGGUUUGACUGUGUCCCCAUGCACAGGAGCACAUUGUGCGGCUGGAUCACUGGACUGGCUGCAGAGCACAUGGAGAGCCUACCUGAAAGUGAGGUGGGGAAUGUAUGUACCAGGUUAUUGAAGCAAUUCACUGGCUGGCCGGUGCCAGAGCUGCGGGGGGUGCUGAGGUCCACCUGGCACAGUAAUCCUUAUGUCAGGGGCUCCUAUACCAAUGUGCCUGUUGGAGUGGACGCAGUGAAGGAGCAGACGGCACUGGGAGAACCAGUUCCAUCGACCCACCACAAAAAGGGGCUGCGGCCUCUACAGGUUCUCUUUGCAGGAGAAGCCACACAUCCAAACUUCUACACAACUACCCAUGGCGCCUACAUGACUGGGGUGCGGGAAGCCGAUCGGAUCUCACAGCUGUAUGAGUUCAAGGCCAACCCUCGUCUGUAAUUCACCCUGCAACCAACAUAUCUCCAAGAAGACUCCACCUUCUACUACUACCUCAGAUUGUGGGAACCUGUGACCUCAACACCCUCUUUU